UCUAGGCGAUCCGUUGUGCCUGUAUCAUCCUAAAUGAGUGUAUUACCACCUUGGUUCAAAAACGAACCUAGUUGACAGAAGCCUACUUAUGGAAGGAUAUGUUGCUAUUCCGUGUGUGUGUGUAUUUCUAUCAAUAUAAGUAGGUGAAAGUGUGCGUUUGUGUUAGUAUUGUACGUCAUGUAACUAAACACGUGUAAUCUGAUGAAAAACAUCAAUGCCUGUCCCUUUCUACAAAUGCGAUCGUUUGCGCUCAAUGGAAAAUUACUACAAACCUCGCACAAUACUCCCGCCACAGGUGCUCCAUGGUCCAUGCAUUAAGUGAACAUGACGUCCACCGAGCUAAAUGUGCCGAAAAUCGAGAUCAGCUUUGACACGCCGAAUCGGGACCGCUUCCUGCGGGACGACUUUCACAAUAAGCGUGAAUCUUACGCAAUUCUGGGCCGCGGCAGCUACGGUGUGGUUAUCAAAGCGUCCUACCGUGGGCGCCCAGUUGCGGUGAAAAUCCUGGAGAAACGAACUCACCGCCACCGGUGUCGCUAUGAUUCUCUGCUUAACGAAGCAAACGCACUGAACCUCCGGCAUGACAACAUCGUAACGGUGCUGAAGAUUGUGGCCGGUACCCAGUACGGUUUGGUGUUGAUGGAACGUUUCGAUGGUUAUUGUUUGCAGCAAAUAAUCGGUCACCAGCGUAACGAUCCAAUCGCGAUUCAACACAAACUGCUGAUUCUGUGCGAUAUUAUAAGUGGAUUGUGUUUCUGUCAUCGACACAACAUCGUGCACCUGGAUGUGAAGCCGCAGAACGUGAUCGUAACGGUCAAUACGACCGCCACUACUGCAACUACGCCGGGUUCGUCCUGUCUGCAACUGCGAAAGUAUCUCUGCAAGCUGUGUGAUUUCGGUUCAUCGAUGAUGCUCGAUCCGUGGCAGCGAAAUGAAACCCUAGUCAACCGUGGCACGAUUCGGUACAUGGCACCCGAACUGUUGCGAGGCCAGCAUCGCAUUAUGGGCGGCUUCACCGAGCGUGCCGAUAUCUACUCUUUCGGCGUUACGAUGUGGCAGCUGGACGAGGAGCGCUUUCCGUACGAGGAAAUAACAUGCAACGAGGUGAUCGCGUACAACGUCGUCAAGAAAGGGCUACGGCCAGAUAGCAUUACCAGUGUGGCAUUCGGUCAUCGUAUAACCAACCUGCCGGUAGGGUUGCGCGAUAUCGGCUGCUUGCAUGGAAGUCUCCGUGCACCGAUAUCCUUGGCCGGCGGGUCUCAUUUUAACUGUUGCUUCGAGUCCGAUGCGGUUGACGAUGUGCUCAAGCGCCAAGGCAUUAUGGUGGAAUAUCGGGCUAAACAAAAGAGUAGAAAUAAGAGCCCACUCGGUGCGCUUUGGACGGAGGCUGAAUCGGGCAAUCAGGAGUUAAACAGGGCAAAGAUAAGUGCCAUGUUCUGCGAACAUUUUAGCAUUCCGAACAACAAACGCGUACAAUUACAACAGAUGAUGCGCACAUUGUACAGCAAGUGCUGGCUUAGUGAUCCAAGUUCCCGGCCCGAUGCAACUACCGUUCGAGCCACGAUUCAUUCGGCGCUGGAGAACAUUAUUUUAUGCAAGUGUGCAGAGUAAGAUUUAAUGUGCCUUUAUGCGUGUUUGUUUGUGUUGUCUUAUUUCGUCUUUUUCAGAGAACCGGAAUAGCGGUUUGUGUGAGUUACUUUAAUAAUUUAGGUAAAUUAUUAAAAUGUUUUAAUUGUGUAGGCUAAGCUUCCGAUUGUUUUAUAAGUGAACAUUUCUUAUAAAGGGAACAGUUUUCAAAUAAAUUAGAGUGAUUAAUUAGUGCAUUAAGGCGUAA